AUGGGCGCCUCGAAACCUGCUGCCAAGGGCAAGAGCCCAAAAGGCAAAUCCGGUCCGAAAUCCGCAGGCGCAAAAUCAAAAUCUAAACCCAAGACUACUGGUAGUGCGCCAGAGGGUAUAUCGAAGCGCAAGCAAAAGUCCAUGUCGCUGGCUAAACCGGGUGGCGCGCAAAAGACGAAAUCUAUACUUUCAAAAGAUGGCAGGAAGAAGAGGCGGGUGUAUAGCGAGAAGGAGCUAGAUAUUCCCGCGCUCAACGGUAUUAUUCCAGCCGGAAUUGCGAAACCAAAGGGUGUGAAGAAGGGCAAGAAGUUUGUGGAUGAUCCGGCUAGCAUGAUGGCCAUCAUGUCCGUCGUCAACGCCGAAAAGGAAGGACACCUCGAGUCCAAGAUUGCCAAAGCUCGCCAGCUGGAAGAAAUCCGUGAGACCAAGAGGAAGGAGGCGGAAGCGAGGAAAUCAGACAAGGAUCUGGCGUUUGAAGAGAGGAAAAAAGAUCUCAAGAAGAAGCGGAAGAGGCAUAGUGAGCCGGCGGCGGGCAAGAGCGAUGAGGGUGAAAAGAUCAAGGAGAAGGAUAGGAAGUUUAAGCAGAGAAAGAGGGUUAGCUUUGGUUGA